AUGGUCGGACGACUUGAAGGAAAGAACGCCAUUAUCACAGGCGCAGCUGGCGGCGUCGGUCUCGAAUCCACGAUCCUCUUCCUCCAGCAGGGCGCUUCUGUCCUCAUGACAGACGUCAACGACACGGCUCUCGAUAAAGCUCUCUCAAAGGUCAAGAGCGUCGUACCCAACCACACCGGCAAAGUCGAGACAAAGGUCGUCGACGUGUCCAAGGAAGACCAAGUCGAGGCAGCGGUGGCACACCUCGACUCCUGGGGCGGCGUCGAUGUCAUGUUCAAUAACGCCGGCAUCAUGCACCCGAAGGAUGGAGACUCGGAGGAGUGUCCCGGUGCUAUCUGGGACUUGACUUUCAACAUCAAUGUCAAGGGUGUUUGGUACGGCUCCAAGCACGCUGUGCGAUCGCUGCGGAAGCAUGGCAAGACCAAGGGCAGCGUCAUCAACACAGCCAGUAUGGUUGCUAUUGUUGGCGCUGCUACACCCCAGGUUGCGUAUACAGCUAGCAAGGGUGCCGUUCUUGCCUAUACCCGCGAGAUGGCUGUAGUUCAUGCGCGUGAAGGCUUCCGCUUCAACUCCCUCUGCCCGGCACCUCUCAACACCCCCAUGCUCCAAGAUUUCCUCGGUGACGACAAGGCAAAGCGAUUCCGCCGUGAAGUCCACUUCCCCACCGGCCGGUUUGGUGAGGCCAUCGAGCAGGCUCAAGCAGCGCUUUUCCUUGCUAGCGAUGAGAGCAGCUUCGUCAACGCGCAUGACCUUGUCGUGGAUGGUGGAUUGACCAAGGCAUAUGUGACACCCGAGGGCCCUGCCACUCAACCACCAAAGAACCAAGGGCACUAG